AAAAUGGCUGUGAGUAAUAACACACUGAAUAAGGAUUUCAUUUUGAUUGGACUUUCCAAAGAUCCGCAGCUAAAGAUUGCCCUUUUUGUGCUUUUUUCCUGUGUGUACACAACCACCUUAACUGGAAAUUCAAUUCUGAUUCUACUCACACGAGUUAUUCAUGAACUCAGUACCCCCAUGUACACGUUCCUGUUCAGUUUGUCUCUCUUAGAUGUCUGCUUCACGUCAGUCACUGUGCCAAAGAUGCUGACCAGUCUCCUUGUAGAAAUUAGCUACAUUUCCUUCAGUGACUGUAUCACGCAGCUUUACUUCUUCCACUUUCUGGGCAGUUCAGAAUGUUUUCUCUUGAGUAUUAUGGGUUACGAUCGAUAUGUAGCCAUAUGUCAUCCCUUGCGUUACACACAAAUUAUGAGCAAGACAUUGUGUAUCAAACUUGUCUCUGGCUGUUGGCUUACAGGUCUCUUUUAUUCCUUGGUCCACACUCUAAUGACAGCUGGUUUAUCAUACUGUGGUUCGAGGGAAGUCAACCAUUUUUUUUGUGACAUGCCACCACUUUUGAUAUUGUCCUGUUCAGACACUAAAACAAAUCUGAUUGUCAUUUUGGGCUUGGGUGGUCUUGCAGCCGCUGCUUCUUUCUUACUAACAAUCAUCUCAUAUGUUUUUAUAAUAUCCUCAAUCCUUCGUAUUCAGUCAACAAAAGGACAACAAAAGGCUUUUUCAACAUGUGCAUCACAUCUUCUGGUGGUUUUAAUUUUUUACGGUACUAUUGUAUUUAUGUAUCUCAGACCAAAAUCUAGCUACUCUUUAGAGCACGAUAAAAUGCUCUCUGUGCUUUACAAUGUGAUUACCCCAAUGUUGAACCCUCUGAUAUACAGUCUAAGAAACAAAGAGGUUAAACUUGCAUUUAGAAAGCUUUGUAAGAAAUGGCAUAGAAAAUGAUUCAUUUUAACCAUUUCAAGUAAUACAAUCAAAUUAGCUUUCGAUUAUCAGAGCUGUAAUAUGGGUGAGGUAGUAAUACAGAGAAUCUCACAUAACAUGAAAAGUGUUGCCAAUAUUUUAUAUCAGACUUGAUAAACCAGCUCAGGCAAUUCAUCCAUUGUACAGCGCUACAGAAUUUGUUGGCGCUAUAUAAAUAAUAAUAAUAAUAAUAAUAAUUGCUCUAUUCUAAACAAUUCUAAACCUGUUCUAAAGACCUUUGACAUAUCAAUAAAAUGGUUCUAACAAUUCUAACCCUUUUCUAAAGAUAUUUUACAAAUCAAUCAUGCUAUUUUAAACUGUUCUAACCCUGUUCUAAAGGUAUUUUACACAUCAAUCACCUUGUUCUAAACCAUUCAAACCACAUUCUAAAGACAUUUUACACAUCAAUCACUCUGUUCCUAACUAUUCUAACCAGUUCUAAAGGCAUUUUACACAUCAAUCACUUGGUUUUAAACCAUUUUUACCCUGGCCUAAAUAGAUUGUAUACAUCAAUCACUCAGGCCUCAGGGAGAGUGCGCAGCUUAGCGAACAGGGGCACAUGUAUGAGUGUGGGAUGGAUGAUGCACGAUUGGCUAUAUGCUACAUGUGGGAGUGUGAGAUGUGAGGAAGUGGGUGGUGACAGAUCAGACUGACCUCAGUGCCACUUAGGAGCCGGCAGCAGGGCCGCCAUCAGAAAAUUUGGGGCCCAUGACAAAGCACAAGGUCUGGGCCCCCCCCUCCUCGCGGGCCCGCCCAGGCCCUACCUAGUCCGCUCACAAUGAUGCAGGACUGAAUGUGGUGUGUGUAUAGUGGAAGUGAAUUAGAAUGUGUGUAAUGGAUGUAGUGUUUGUGUGUAUUAGAUACUGUUUGUGCAAUGAAUGCAGAGUGUGUGUUUGUGUAGCGGAUGCAGUGUGUAUAGUGAACGCAGAGUGUUUUUGAGUAGUGGAUGUAGUGUGUGUACAGUGAUGUAGUGUGUGUUUGUGUAGUGGAUGUAGUGUUUGUAUGUACUAGAUGAAAUGUGUUUAGUGGAUGCAGUGUCUGUAGUGUGUGUAUCAGACGCAGUGUCUGUGUAUAGUGAAUGCAGAGUGUUUCAAUUUGUGGUGGAUGUAGUGUGUGUACUGUGAAUACAGGAUGUUUGUGUAGUGGAUGCUGUGUGUACAGUUAAUGCAGAGUGUAUGUUAGUGUAGUGAAUCCAGUGUGAAUCCAGAGUGUGUGCAUAGUUUAGUGAAUGCAGAGUGUGUGUUAGUGUGUAAUGAAUGCAGAGUGUAUGUUAGUGUGUAGUGAAUGCAGAGUGCGUCAGUGUAAUGAAUGUAGUGUGUGUGUUAGUGCAGUGAAUGCAUAGUGUGUGUAAAUUUGUAGUGAAUGCAGAGAGUGUGUUAGUAUGUAGCGGAUGCAGAGUGUGUGUUAGUGUAGUGAAUGCAGUGUUAAUGUGUAGUGAAUGCAGAGAGUGUGUUAGUGUGUAGCGGAUGCAGAGUGUGUGUUAGUGUAGCGGAUGCAGUGUGUGUGUUAGUGUAUGCGUAGUGCAGUGUGUGUGUGUUAGUGUAUGCAGUGUGUUGUGUUAGUGUAUGCAGUGUGUGUGUGUGUAGUGUAUGCAGUGUGUGUGUUAGUGUAUGCAGUGUGUGUGUGUUGUGUUAGUGUAUGCAGUGUGUGUGUCAGUGUAUGCAGUGUGUGUGUUGUGUUAGUGUAUGCAGUGUGUGUGUGUUGUGUUAGUGAAUGCAGUGUAUGUGUGUGUUAUUGUAUGCAGUGUGUGUGUUGUGUUAUUGUAUGCAAUGUGUGUGUUAGUGUAUGCAGUGUGUGUUGUGUUAGUGAAUGCAGUGAAUGUGUGUGUUAUUGUAUGCAGUGUGUGUUGUGUUAGUGUAUGCAGUGUGUGUUGUGUUAGUGAAUGCAGUGUAUGUGUGUGUUAUUGCAGUGUAUGUGUGUGUUAGUGUAUGCAGUGUGUGUGUUGUGUUAGUGUAUGCAGUGUAUGUGUGUGUUAUUGUAUGCAGUGUGUGUGUUGUGUUAGUGUAUGCAGUGUAUGUGUGUGUUAGUGUAUGCAGUGUAUGUGUGUGUUAGUGUAUGCAGUGUAUGUGUGUGUUAGUGUAUGCAGUGUGUGUUGUUAGUGUGUGAUCUGGGGUGAGGGGGAGGAAGGGGCAUUUUAACAUUAAUUUUUUAUUAAUUUAAUUAAAUGUUUCUCCCCCCUCCCUGCUUACCUGUGUCCAGGGAGGGGGGAGAUUCCAUCCCUGGUGGUCCGGUGGGGGGCCCCCCGGGUCCCUGUUACCGCAGAGGGGGCCCAGGCAGCACAGGAGCAGCUUCUCCUCCUCUCUUCUAAUAACUCUCGCGAUACCCGGUUACCAUGGCAACGCUCCGCGGGUCUCGCGAGAGUUAUUAGAAGAGAGAAUAGAAGAGAAGCAGUGUGCUGCCUGGGCCCCCUCUGCGGUAACAGGGAGCCGGGGGCCCGCGGCUGCACACAUAGAUAGUGAUAUUCGCUAUCUAUGUGUGCAGAAAGGGAAAGUGGGGCCCAGGACUGCCAGAGCAGUCCGGGCCCCCCAGGGCCGCCGGGCCCGUGACAACUGUCACGGUUGUCACCCCUUGAUGGCGGCCCUGGCCGGCAGCAACAAGUUUCUCUGCCUCCUCCUGUUGCUGAGCUUGCUGGAUUGUCGGCCUGUGGGUGUCCUGGAUCCUGGAUGUCUGCCCUCAGGGCUGGUAAUAUUGCUGCAGCAGACAUGGCCUCCUCCUUCCCCAGCAGGAGGUUCCCCUCCCCAGUGGUCUGGCCCCCCACGGGCACCCUCCCUGCGCACCCUCCAUGUGCACACUCCCUGGGCACACUCCCUGGGCACCCUCCCUCAGGCUCUGUGCGCCCCAACUCUCCUCCUCGGGCCCGUUACAGGAGCUGCAGUCUGGGCCCGAGGCUUGUACUGGGCCGUGCGCCUGGACCACGUGGCGCGCGGCCUGCCCCACGCCUGGUCCUUCCGCCGCCCCUGGUGGAGGUUGUUGGGGGCUGGCAGAAGCUUGGCAAUCUACCCGGGCGGCGUGUGGGAUGCAUGUGGGAUGCCGCCCGGGGUCCUCCCCUCUCAGCCGGCAGUGGUAAGUGGGACCCCUGCGGGGCACGCGGGGUGGCUCUCGGCCGCUGCCGCUGGGUGGGGAGGGGUUCUGUAUCCCCCUCAUGGGCUCCGGGGGGGUCUACAUGUCCCGGCACUCCCCUCCCUCUUUUGCCCGGGCAGUGUCCGUGGGUGGUGUGGGCUCCCUCCCUCUCCCCUCUAUUUUUCAUUAUUGUCCCCCCCCAUUUCAGUGUGGUGA